UCCGCCGCGUCCGCCCCCUCCGCCUCUCCUCCAGCCCCGUCUGUCGCUCCCAGCCCUCUCCCCCGCGCCGAGCUCAGUUCUGUCAGCGUCCGGUGCACCUCGCGUCCCCGUCAGGCCUCCGGGCCGGCUUCCGCGGUCGCCAUGACGGCGGCCGUGUUCUUCGGCUGCGCCUUCAUUGCCUUCGGGCCUGCGCUGGCCCUCUACAUCUUCACCAUCGCCACCGAGCCGUUGCGCGUCAUCUUCCUCAUCAUCGGAGCUUUUUUCUGGUUGGUGUCUCUGCUGUUUUCCUCCCUUUUUUGGUUCAUGGCAAGAACCAUUACUGACAACAAAGAUGGACCAAUACAGAAAUAUCUGCUGAUCUUGGGAGCGUUAGUCUCAGUCCUUAUCCAAGAAAUGUUUCGGUUUAUGUAUUAUAAACUUUUAAAAAAAGCCAGUGAGGGUUUGAAGAGUAUAAAUCCAGAUGAGACAGCACCUUCUAUGCGAUUGCUGGCCUAUGUUUCUGGCUUAGGCUUUGGAAUCAUGAGUGGAGUAUUUGCCUUUGUAAAUACCCUUUCCGACUCCUUGGGACCAGGCACAGUGGGCAUUCAUGGAGAUUCUCCCCAGUUCUUCCUAAAUUCAGCUUUCAUGACGCUGGUUAUCAUAUUGCUGCACGUGUUCUGGGGCAUCAUAUUUUUUGAUGGCUGUGAGAAGAAAAAGUGGUCUGCCCUUCUUGUAGUUCUUCUGACCCAUCUGCUGGUGUCAGCCCUGACCUUCAUAAGUCCUCAUUAUGGAAUAAAUCUGGUGUCAACAUAUAUAAUUAUGGUACUCAUGGGCAUCUGGGCAUUCUUUGUUGCUGGAGGCAGCUGCCGAAGCCUGAAACUCUGCCUACUCUGCCAAGACAAGGACUUCCUCCUUUUCAACCAGCGCUCCAGAUAACCUCUGAGAACCAGCACCUGUCAAACAGGAUAUUCUUCAAGACCCAGAGAUCUCAGCCUACUGCUCACUUGCUCUUAAAGUGAUGUGGGGAAAGAAGGACUCUUAGAGCAGCCCCAUGCCAAGGACUAAGGCCCACCAAGCUCCGUUUGAAUUUUACAUUGUUCGUAUUUUGACACAGUACACAUCCUCUCCACGUGAAGACCUAUUGAUUUUCAGCAAUUUUGCAUCUGUUUAUGGAGCACCUGUUAUGAGCAGGAAUUACUCAGGGUCUCAGGUCCGCCAGGUUGAACACAACAACAGGGCCCCUGCUUGCCCAAACUUGCAUCCUUUGGGAUACUUCAGGCUGGAAAAAUUGGUGUAGGACUGACCACAGCUCCAGAUAGGUCUUUGGGGCUGGUGGAGGUAUGACCUUCCUAAUAGGAAACCCUUGAGGACAUUGACUCUUGAUACCCACAUCUAGAGCAAAUAUAAAACCCAAUCUGAUAGGGAUGCUUGAAAAAUAUCGAGUAAUUAUAUGCCUGGAAUCACAGAGCUCAGUGCAAAGUUUAUACUGGGAGAGUGUGACAAUACAACAAACUAAUGCCAAACUACCAGUGAGCAGGAAGAGACUUAAAAAAUAAAUCCUCCAGGGCUCAGGCUUCUUGCUAACUACCGGGUAAUUGUCCUUCCUCUGGAAAUGGCAAUAAACCCUCCAAUCCCACGUUCAGAUAAACUUUCUUACUCCCACAGGGAAAAAAAAUCUUUAAAGAAUGUAAAGCUGUGUUUAAAAGAUUAUCUCCCGUGGUAAUUAAAUGGAUUUUCAGGUGGAGGUUUCCCCAGAAAAGCAAGUAAUUGGCGUGUCAUGGCUCGUUAGGGUGGAACCAUGGUGCUCUGUGGGUUCUCUGUGAGUUAGGACCCAAGCUUUGCCAUCUGGGGUCCAUUCGUCAGUAUUUCAGCACCAGGAAUGAAACUGGAGCAGAGGACAAAGGAACACCACUUCUUCCGGGAACCCGUCCAUAGACAGCAGCACUAUUUCACAAGAGUGGACGUGUGUACACUGGCCUCACAGAAUCUCAGCUCCCUACCCCUUGUUCUCUAACUAGGAGACUUCAUCUGAGAGUAAGGAGAGUCGGAAGAAAAACUUGCUAUGAGGAGUUGAUCCAAGGUCUGGACAUACACGGUAGAACCCUACUAAUUUUUCAGGCUGUCAACCUUUGGAUAUGCCUUCUUGGAAAUGUUAGAGCUUGAAGGGAUUUCAAAAUGUCCUGUCCAACCUUUCACUGGACACCAGUUUUCUCACUUGCGCAUGUCAGAGUCGUCACUGAGCUAUAUUUUAAUUUUCAAGACCUCAUAGCCCUGGACUCAAAGCAACUCAACCACACCAAGAUGGCAGAGGGAGAGGGUAGCAAGAGGACACCAAGGUAAGACCAUUACUCAGCUGAGGACAAAACCAAAUUCCUUAGGGACAGCAGGAAGCAGAGAUGGAGCAGUCAUGAGGUAUCAUGCAAACCCUCAGGUCAGGAAGAGGCACAGCUCUGGGGUGGCAAGCCUUCUAGAGUGAAGGCUGCCAGCCUUUUUGUUGCUCCCAAUGACGUUUGGAUCCACGGCCAGGGUGGCAGAAGCUGCCGGCCAGGCACAAAAGGAGAAACCCCGUAAGUGAAGAGGUACAGCAAUGAGAUGAUGAUUUCUCUUUGGACACAUGACUAAAGGGAACUGGGUUAGGACUUUCUCUUCCCAAAACAGAGGUUCCAAAAGGUUUCAUGAAGAGGGCAUUCUAGUGCUAACUAAACUAAGAACUCUUUAGGGACAGGACCAUCUCAUUGUGAUCACUGUGAACUCAUGUUGUGAUUAGGGUCACACACAUAACAGGCAUUUGGUAAACAGUUUCCCCAAGAAUAAAAGACCCCAAAGAACAGAGAGCUUGGGAAAGGUCAUCAGGAGGAAUUUUUCUUUUUCAUUGUGCCCUAAAUACUCUUUUUUGGAACUAAAUACUCUUUAUUGGAACUGACACUGGAUUAGGUAUUUGGGGGCAAGGAAGUGUUGGCAAAACCUUCUUCAGAAAGAGAAGCAGCUAUGUUGGAUGAGAAGAGUCCCGAAAACAAGAUCAGCACCAGCCAUCCCACCACCUCAGUGAGUGACCUUGAGCAAGUCACAUUCCCUGCCUGAGUCUCCUUUACCCUUCAUACAAAUGAGAGGAUUGAACACUGUGUUCUGGAAGUUCCGUUCUGGCUCUCAGCUCCGAGAUGCAUGGAGAUUACUAGGACUAAGCGCCUCCACCCUCUGUAUCAGGCAAGUUUGAACGGGUUGGAGAGAGCCGCUCAUGCCAAGCAGCUAGCUCCUGGGCAUGUGACAAGGUGCCUGGUGGGAAGCGGCUGUUGGACUGAGCGCAGGGCACUGCUGCUCCCGGGGUGGGCGAGCCCCUGGCUUCAGGAACCUGCCGCGGUGUUAGCUGCCAUCCCCGCUCAUCUUUGAGCACCAGCCACAGCCCCUUAGGGGCAACAGGGUCUAAAAAGCUUUUUCUACUCCUGCUUUAUUAUUAUUAUUUGUAGUAGUUUUGAUUCUUACAACUCUAUAGGAUCGGCAAGGCAAAAAUUGUACCAUUUUAUAGAUGAAGAAUUGAGAUUAAAUGAUUUGCCCUAAUUAGACCUUGGCUUAGUUACAGAGUUAUCUUGCCUGGGUCACAGAACCUCCAUGCCCUCCUGUUUUAGUAUUUAUCCAGGAGAUUUGGGGCAUGCCUGUUUCCUCCCUCUCCCAUGCUCUUCAGGAAGGCAAGGGCCAUGUCACGUUCAUCCCUGCCUCUCCCAUAAUGCCUGGCACAGAGCAGGCCCUUACCUGUUUGCGGAGCUGCAUUCUGAAGCUAAUUUUGUGCUUGUUCCUCUCCAGGGAAGCGUGCCCCUCUAUUAAUCCCCCUUGCUUCCCUACCACCCUGUAUCAUUUUUUUCCCAUCAAAAAAGAAAAGAAAAAUUAGGUCACUUGCUCAGGUUCAAAAUUUACCUUCCUAGCUUCCUAGUUUACCUGCAUGAGGAUGUGUUCUGUUUGGGAGCACUCAGUGAGAAAGAAAUCUGGUUUGCUGCCCUGUGGCCCGGGAGAUGGCCUGUGAGAUGGCCUGCCAAGUACGGGGCUUCACAGCAGUUCACAGGACUCCCCCACCAGCAGGGGAUGGCCAGUGUCCCCUUCCUGCAUGGCUGGGGACCUUGGCAGAGCAGCCUCCCAAAAUUGUGGCCUGUGAGUGCGAGGGGCGUGCGGUGCCGUGUGGGUGGGCACCAGGGAACGUAUUGAGGUGUUGUCAGUAGACCCCUUUCAGCCCUCCACCCCUGGCCUCCGCCUGGGGGAUGUGUGACUUGUCGCCGAAGUAACACUGGCCUUUUGCAGGCAGCCACAGCCCAGACUGUGGCUUUUCAACUUGGUCUCAGCUUCCACACUCAUGCCAAGCGCCCUGGUGCCAGGAAACCUCACUUGGGACUAACUCUUCCAAAAGAGGCAUUUAUUUCCAGCUACCAUAAAAACUCCACUUUUCUCAGUUUUGACUUUGCCUUUCCAGUUCAUUGGAUUCCUCACAUGAUCCUGAUAAAGGAGAUCAUGUGUAUCUCCCAGUUUGUUUUUCCAAACAAAGUCAAAGCAUUAUUUCUUUCCAGCUCAUGUUUUUCUGUUUUGAAAUGUGACAGGAGAUUAACAUGGCCCAGCUCAAAAUGCCUCUUGUGAUUUCCGAUUGGGAGUUAUGAGGCCCAGGGUACAAGAUCUGCAUUACCCAAGGACCAGAAUUUUUGUCAUGGAAAAUUUCAAACACAUACAACAGCAGAGAGAAGAGCAAAAUGAACCUCCGUGUCCCCCAGCUUCGACAACUAACCAUUGGCAAAAACAGAUCAGCCUCAUCUAUAUCGCACCCACUCUCCCCUAUCCCUGGAUAGUUCUGAAAGAAACCCAAAUCGUUUUCAUCUGUACAUACUUCAGUAUGUGCCACUGAAACAUAAGGGCCACAAUGCCAUUACCACACUUAAAAAGUUAACAAUUAAUUCCUUAAGGUUAUCAAAUCUCAUCAGAAUUCAGUUUCCUAAUUAUCUCAUCACUUUGUAAUGGUUUAUUUGUAAGUUUCGGGAUUCAAGUAAGGUCCAUAUAUUGCAGUUAGUUGACGUAUUACGGCCUAGAUCUCAAUCUGAUGGUGGGAUGCCUCAUCAGACAACCACUGGCCCCACUUCUUCCAAGGCUCAGAAUCUCAGAGCCAGGUUGGCUCUGUCCAUCCUUUGCCCUCAGUCGGUCGUGGAGUCCCACGUUUCUGUUACCACCACCUCUACCACCCCAGGACUGGCCCUCAUCAUGUCACACUGCACAGGCUUACUGCAGGGUCCCUGCCUCAGCCUUUCCUGUUCGCCGCCAGCCUCCUUUCUUGUGACCAAGUUUAACCAGACGUAGCACCUCCCUGUCUCCGAAGCGUGCCCGCCCCACCCAACAAAGCAGAGCAGAGCCGUAGCCAUCUUUGAUGGCCUGAAACACCUCAGCCUGUCAAGGCCUUCAGUGGCCCCCAUGGUCAGGCUGGCAUCCCGAGCCUCAGAACAAGUUAUGAACUCGACCUUCACAAACGUUCUUAUGCUAAAAAUGUGCCUAAAACGCCGCCCUCUUUCCCCUUCACCUUUCCAAAUCUUGUCCUCGCUUCAAAGUCCAGCUCAAGUCCUGCCAAAGCUACUCCAGUACUUUCUCCCUGCCCCUGACCCCCGACAUGCUGGGGGUUCGCACGGUGGUACAGUGAUGGGAAUGCUUGUUUAAGUCUCGUGCAUGACUGCUGUUUCCGGACCAGCACCUCAACCUGCUCCAACCUGAAAUCCUCAACUCUGUCUGUGGAUUUCAAAGUCCUUUUGAAGACUACAGCUUUUAGUCACAUCCCUCCCGCAUGUCUGACACAGCGGCCCUUACGAAACACUUAAGAAAUUGAUUUGGAGCGUUUCUUAAGCUCGUUUCAGAAAUCUAGCCAUAAAGGGGUGAGAGAAGAGUGUGUGUACACGUAUGCACAUGGUUAUAGGAAGGUGAGGGUAACAAGAAGGGUUUUGUUCUUAAUGGGGAGACUUAAGCAUACUUCCAUACAGAAGGGAAAGGGGAAGAGAGAAGGACGGUUGGAUCCAGGAGAAAGAGGAGUCUAUGGAUGGAGUGUGGCCCUGAGAAGACAGUGGGUUGGGGAGGGUCCAGCCAGCUGAGGUAGAAAUUAACUCCGGGCUGAAGGAGGCACUCGAUAAAUGUUCAUCAUAUGGAUCAAGAACACUGAAGCCUGCCUGGAAAUGAAGCCCAUGAAAUAAAAACCCAGUCAGAAAUCCGAGAACUCAGCAAGCCUGCAAAGCUGAUCAGAGAGGACUGGCUAUGGGAAGACAAGCCAUCUGGUUUUCCGCAUUCCACAAUGUAUGCAACCAAAGUGCACCAAUGAGCCUAAAAAAGUCAGUAUGAUUUUUUUAAUGAACUUAUAUUUCACUACUUUCUUACUACAUCCUGUGGGUUUUUUUUAAAAAAAGAUUUUAUUUAUUUGAGAGAGAUAGAGCACUAA